GGCGGCGGCUACGGCUCCGAACGGCGGCGGGAUGGAGGUGGACGGGGCGGUGCUUCCCACGGUGAUGGCGCAGGGAGUCACAGGCAGCGUGGCUGUAGCUUUACACCCGCUAGUCAUCUUAAAUAUUUCCGAUCACUGGAUACGAAUGCGAUCGCAAGAAGGCCGCGCCCAGUACAAGUGAUCGGAGCUCUCAUAGGGAAGCAGGAGGGAAGAAAUAUAGAAGUAAUGAACUCAUUUGAGCUGCUUUCUCAGAAUGUGGAGGACAAGAUCACCAUCAACAAGGAAUAUUAUUACACGAAGGAGGAGCAGUUUAAACAGGUGUUUAAAGACAUGGAGUUCUUGGGCUGGUACACAACCGGAGGACCUCCGGAUCCAUCUGACGUUCAUGUCCACAAACAGGUUUGUGAGAUUAUUGAGUCGCCGCUCUUCCUGAAGUUAAACCCAAUGACAAAGCACACAGAUCUUCCAGUCAGCGUUUACGAGUCCGUGAUUGAUAUUGUGAAUGGUGAGGCCACAAUGCUUUUAGCUGAACUUCCAUACACUUUGGCAACAGAAGAAGCAGAAAGAAUCGGAGUUGACCAUGUGGCCCGAAUGACAGCGACUGGCAGCGGAGAGAACUCGACAGUGGCGGAACACCUCAUCGCCCAGCACAGCGCCAUUAAGAUGCUUCACAGCCGAGUCCGUCUCAUUCUGGAGUACGUUCGAUCGGUUGAAGGAGGAGAGGUUCCCUUCAAUCAUGAGAUUCUACGAGAGGCCUCUGCUUUGUGCCAUUGUCUCCCCGUACUCAGCACAGACAAAUUCAAGACAGAUUUUUAUGAUCAAUGCAACGACGUUGGCCUGAUGUCCUACCUGGGAACCAUCACUAAGACAUGCAACACUAUGAACCAGUUUGUCAACAAAUUCAAUAUCUUAUAUGACCGCCAGGGAAUUGGAAGAAGAAUGAGAGGCCUCUUCUUCUGA